GUCGGGCCCGAAAGCUGUUCUGACGGACCUGGCUCUCGCGCCAUCUCGAUCACCAUCGCGGUCCCAGAAUCCGUUGCCUCGAGCUCAGCAUCCCCACUGGUAACGAUAUCACCGGCAUAUACUCACUAGCCCGCCAAUAGUAUUACACGACCCGGUGGGAACAUUCCGCAGAGGGGCCAACGAUUGCCAUUCUGCUGCAACAUCAGACCGAGCACCGAUUCACCUGGGCCACGUGUGCACGAGCUGUAACCAGGAGAGCUCUCUUCGAAGGGGCGCACACGCAGCGAUUCGACGUCCCGACUGAAACCUCCACUCCCUCCCCCCUUCCCCCUCCGACGUACGGAAUUGUUCUCGAGGGUGUGUGUGGGUCGCAACGGGGCAAACCCCAAAUACCAACAAGAUGGCCAACGACCAGAUCAACCUGCCGUCGCUGGUGGUAAUACUGGUGCUGUCGGGUCUCAUUGUGCGGUACCUGUUCUUCUCGUCGCCGGGGGGCGGCAACAACCAGCAGGGGCCGCGCGACUCGCUGUCGCAGAUGAGGCAGCGCGAGGCGGCGGUCGAGAGGAUCCAGCAGAUGUUCCCGCAGGUGGACCGGAGGACCAUCCUGUGGGACCUGCAGCGGAACGGGGGCAGCGUCGCGGCCACGACGGAGAAGAUACUCUCCGGGAGGAUGGAGACGCCGCCAAUCACCUUCCAACCCCCGCCACCGCCGGGCUCUAACGGGGCCUCGUCGUCAUCGUCAUCGGCGACGGGCGCCCGGAAGGCGUCGGAGAAGCCGGCGCAGCCGAACCUGAUCCAGAGGUACAACCUGGAGGACAAGGUCAAGCAGCAGCAAGAAGGGGGCGAGGCCGGGGCGUCGGGCGAUGCCGCCGGUCAGAAGGCGUGGAGCAAUAGCAAGGACGAACGGCAGUCACUGCUGCAGAAGAGGCGGGACGAGAUGAUCCUCGCGGCGAGGCGGAAGAUGGAGGCCAAGAUCGCGGCCGAGAAGGCCGCAUCGGCCGGCGUGGCCCAGUGAAGGGGGCACAGUCGGCGGUUCAAACAGUGACGGGUCGUGGGGGAUGCAUGCAUGGAGAGGGAAGGGAUGGGCGGUAUUUCUUGGUUCCCUAGAAGGGAAACGUCACGCAUUGUACUACUCUGUUUCGCAGCGGCGAGGCGCAACGGUUACUCCUUCGGAUCGACAAACAAGUUUGUAAAGGCGAAUGGAUUCUUCUAUUACGGACGUUCGUUGUUCCCUUGGGGCAUUCUGGAUUUGGAAUAAGGCUCAUCAUCAUUAUGUCUCUGUUGUGUGUAUCACAUAAGGGGCAAAGGGCGCGCAGGCCAUGCCGAGAUGCAUUCCUGAGCACUCGUGUCUGCUCGGCUGUUGUCAAAGUCGCCUGGGCAACAGGCGGCCUUCUAGUCUGGACAGGACACAGCACCUAGAGCUUGUCAACAGAACUAAGACUAGUAGCAGGCAUUAUCCAGCCCAGUCGGUUCUGGUGGCUGGCAAGGACAAUGAAAACGGAAGCCGGCCUUACGCAGAGCAGGUGGCCUGUGUUGGUGUGUGACCUAGUCCCGAGGCAUCGUCAGACUCAUGGAAAGUAUCGUCAUCAGGGUCUCAAAGCCCGAAUUGAAGUCGUCCGAACGGGGGAGAGGACGGACCCACGUUGCUCCCUCCCCCUUGACCCGUCUGCCCGUCAGCCAGCCUGCGCGUCAGGGGAUCCUUUGAGCCUCGCAGCCCAGCGGCCCGCCCAGAAUACGAUGGUGCCCCGCUAUGAUGCAGCAGCCGAGAUAAGAGAGCAUGGGUUAAAUGGGUGCAGCAGUUAACAGGCUCAGAGUCACAGGGCAGCCAAGGACGGCGGGUGGAUAAGCCCAAGAGGGAUUACUUGCAUUCCAUCCCAUGCCUGGUGGCCCCCCAUUUUCACAUGCUUCUGAACCUGAGCUUGCUCGACCUGGGCAGGGGUCUGGCUUGUAGACGUCUGACACCACAGUUCGAUCCAGGGCAAAACAGAAGAGAAAAUAGACUGGACAGGGAGAGAAUGGGAAACCGAAGGGGAGGCAAAAAAAAUCAAAAAAAUCAGGAGCCUCCACGGACUGACAC